ACCCCGUGAAAGCUCUAUCACUCUCUUUCCCUAUUUUCCGUGAAAGCCUUUCUUCCUAUUCAUCCUGCUAAAACAAGCAUAUUUUCUUCUAGAUUUCCACCUUUGCAAAAGGGAUAAAGGGUUGCUACCAUUUAUGGUUUGGUUCGGCUAUUUGUAGUAAUCUUGUGCUAUGAAAACAAACAAAACCAUUAUCAUGAAAGGGUUCUUGAAACUUUAACACCUGAACCUUCAUCUAAACAACUAAGCCUCUCUCAUGCAAGAGAUUCUUUGUGUUCAGGGUUGAGCCUCACCCGUUAACGUUUUCACGCUUUUUGUUUCAUCUGUUCCAUUUCAACCACCCCCAUAUUCUAAAGUCACAACCUUGGUUUUGAUUCUCCCCUGUUUUCCUUUGUCUGUUUCCACUGCUUUUUGUCUUUUGCUAGAACCUAUGUCGUCUGUGCCAGCACGAACAGGGCGACAAAGACAGCGUUAUGAAGACAAUUUGCGCCUUGUCUCUGGAUGUAUUCCCUAUAGAUGGAGAAAGGACAACACAGAUCUAAUGGGAGAAACUGAGAUAAUGGAAGUACUAAUGAUUUCUUCACCAAAACGUGAUGACCUUGUAUUCCCAAAGGGUGGAUGGGAGGAUGAUGAGACUGUCACAGAAGCUGCUUGCCGCGAAGCUUUAGAGGAAGCAGGAGUUAAAGGAAUACUAAGAGAAAUUCCAUUAGGAAUAUGGGAGUUCAGAAGCAAAAGCAGUCAAGACUUGUGUAGCAUUGAAGGAGGUUGCAGAGGAUACAUGUUUGCCUUGGAGGUGACUGAAGAACUUGAGCAUUGGCCAGAGCAGAAAAAUCGUUCUCGCCAAUGGUUAAACAUAAAAGAGGCAUUCAGACUCAGCAGAUAUGACUGGAUGUGUAAUGCACUUGAGGCGUUUUUGAGAGUCAUGGAAGAGGAGAGAAAGCUUGAUGAGAAGCAAGAGCAGAAUACUGAACUUGAACAACCUUCAAUUAUGGUAGCAGAUGUGUCAGAAUGCCAAAGUAUGUCACCUAACUGCUAUAAAAGAUCCUCUACCAUGCACAUGCCUCCUUCGGUCAAUCUUCUGUCACGUGCUACUCAAGAAAUAGCCAUACAUUUUGGUUAUUGACAUCACCAUGACACUUGUGUAAAAUGUUCAUGUGUUAGAUCAACAUAGUGCGGUAACUCCUUCAAAUUGUGAAAGAACAUGUUGUGAAGUUGUGACUUGGAUGCACAUGCCAUCAUCGACCUCAUUGUUGUCGGGUUUUUCUUUUUUCUGUCCGAUGUGAUCGUUAUGUAAAAGUGUGGUGGUGCAAGUCUCAAGUGUAUAUGGACUUGACAGUUGUUUGAUUCACCCCACUGAAACUGAAGGCUUGUAAAAAAACAUUAUUUGUGAAAACUAGUAGAGUACAAGGGACAAAGACUAUGCUGCUUUUGACAACCUUCUCAAAAUUCUGUGGGUUACCUGUUUCA